CUCUCAGGUUUUCUGCUGUUAGUAUCACUCCCCCUUGCUGCGAACCACGUGAAGAGACAAACCUUCAUAGACGCCCUUGGGACCCGAAUUGACAGAGUUGGAAAACAGGUUACUAGCUCGAUUUGAUGCGGCUUCACAGAAGCGGGAGUUGUCUACAAUGCGGGAAUGUGCAAAAAUUCUGUCGCAGUUUAAUAGGGGUACCAGUGCUAUGCAACACUAUGUGGGAUUAUGUCCAAUGUUCGAUGUGGAGGUCAUGAAUGCAGAUGCUGAAUUGGUUCUUGGAGAUCAGGGUGCCCAGCCCAGCCCUAGCAAUGUCGCGCGUGGUCUUUCUUCAAUUUUUAAAGAGAUUACAGAGACUGUGCGGAAAGAAGCAGCCACUAUUGCAGCCGUUUUUCCUUCCCCAAACGAUGUAAUGUCAAUACUGGUUCAGGUAUGGGUGGGUUACUACUGGCGUUGUGCUUGAGGUAGAUUAGUUCUA